AUGGCCACUUCGACCAAAGGUCAGGGAAAGAAAGGAAAGUUUGAGGAUGAAGGGAACUUGUAUGUAGAGACAAGCCCGCGGAGCUUUGUGUACGAGGGCAAAGCCACCAGUGGGGAGUCCAAAGAGCAAGCUUUGGCGACAGCACUGCCAAAAGGCAAUGGAAAGAAGGGCAAGGACUCACCCCAAGCAGACACAGACUCCACCCCAGACAACAAAGGCCAGGGAAAGAAGGGCAAGAGCUCACCCCAAGCAGCCGGCGCAGACACCACCCAAGGCGGCACGACUGCCAAAGGCAAGGGAAAGAAGGGCUCACCCCAAGCAGAAAAGAAGGGCAAGGACUCGCCCCAAGCAGGGGACACAGCCACCACCCAAGACAACAGCACUGCCAAAGGCAAGGGAAAGAAAGGCAAGAGCUCACCCCAAGCAGCGGACGCAGACACCACCCAGGACAGCAAAGGCAAGGGAAAGACGGGCAAGAGCUCACCCCAAGCAGUGGACGCAGACACCACCCAGGACAGCAAAGGCAAGGGAAAGAAGGGCAAGAGCUCACCCGGAGCAGUGGACGCAGACACCACCCACGACAGCAAAGGCAAGGGAAAGAAGGGCAAGAGCUCACCCGGAGCAGUGGACGCAGACACCACCCAAGACAGCAAAGGCAAGGGAAAGAAGGGCUCACCCCAAGCAGGGGACACAGACACCACCCAAGACAACAGCGCUGCCAAAGGCAAGGGAAAGAAGGGCAAAGGCUCACCCCAAGCAGAGGACACAGACACCACCCCCGACAGCAAAGGCAAGGGAAAGAAGGGCAAGAGCUCACCCCAAGCAGUGGACGCAGACACCACCCAGGACAACAAAGGCAAGGGAAAGAAGGGCAAGGACUCGCCCCAAGCAGGGGACACAACCACCACCCAAGACAACAGCACUGCCAAAGGCAAGGGAAAGAAAGGCAAGGACUCACCCCGAGCAGGGGACACUGACUCCACCCCCGACAGCAAAGGCAAGGGAAAGACGGGCAAGAGCUCACCCCAAGCAGUGGACGCAGACACCACCCAGGACAGCAGCACUGCCAAAGGCAAGGGAAAGAAGGGCAAGAGCUCACCCGGAGCAGUGGACGCAGACACCACCCAGGACAGCAAAGGCAAGGGAAAGAAGGGCAAGAGCUCACCCGGAGCAGUGGACGCAGACACCACCCAAGACAGCAAAGGCAAGGGAAAGAAGGGCAAGAGCUCACCGGACGCAGACACCACCCAAGACAGCAAAGGCAAGGGAAAGAAGGGCAAGAGCUCACCCGGAGCAGUUGACGCAGACACCACCCAAGACAGCAAAGGCAAGGGAAAGAAGGGCUCACCCCAAGCAGGGGACACAGACACCACCCAAGACACCAGCACUGCCAAAGGCAAGGGAAAGAAGGGCAAGGACACAGACACCACCCAAGACAGCACAACUGCCAAAGGCAAGGGAAAGAAGAGGUCUCCAAGCCCACAGAGCACCACGAAGGGAACAGACGGCGAGGACGAGGAUCCGGCACAGCUGGCCGGAAUUCUGAAGGCCACGGGCAAAGGAAAGGGCACGAGCAAGGACACCCUGGUCCGACGACUGUCGUGGGCAGACGAGCAGACUUCGGCCGAAGGACUGAUCGUAACGCAAAAAAUGGUACUUCUGAUAUUGUACCCCUAG